AUGACCGAAAAUACUACUACAACAGAGAUCUCUCAAAAUUUGAUAGAGAACAAGCUUACAAAAGCAGAGUUGCCAGACGCGCAUCCAAUACGGCAAGCAAAUAAUAACACAGUUAUUUCGACGAAGAACGAUAUGUCAAUGCUGUUAGUUAAUAUUAGAAGCUUGUCAAAUAACUGGAAUGAGUUCUUACUUGAGGUAGCUAACAGAAAACCUGAUAUUAUCUUUGUUACUGAGACCUGGGCUCACAUUGGAAUGAACAAAAGUGAAUUUUUAAUUCAUAGUUAUCAUCCACCAUUCAGCAGCAACCAACGUGAUAUCAGAGGAGGUGGAGUGGCUAUAUAUUGUGCCAGCUAUAUCAAUGUAAGAGAGGACGAUGCGCUUCUGGUUGAGAACUACGAUGCGAUCAGGUGCAGACUUCUUUAUGCCAAUCGAGAAGUUGUGCUCGGAUGUUGCUAUCAUACUGAACGGACAGACGACGAAAAUUUUGCUAACGGCCUGUACAAAUUGUCUACUGGAAACAUGGAGAAGAAUGUAGCUGGGGAUUUUAAUCACCGAAGUAUUGAUUGGAAAGCUCUGUCAUGCUCGGGGAGCAUUGCAGAUCAGCGGUUCUUGGAUAUAGUGCAAGAUAACUUUUUGUCACAGCACGUUGUUGACCCAACAAGAGGGCAGAAUGUGUUAGAUUUGGUUUUUUCGUCGGAGCCAGACCUCAUCACGGAAUGUAUCGUGGAAGGGAAGAUUGGAUCUACUGAUCACAACACAGUGAUUUUUUCGGCAGCAAUCAAACAGCGUAACUUGAAUGAGAGAAGUUUCAGCCGCAGAAAUUUUUGGAAGAUGGACGUGGGAAGCUUUCUUUCGGAUUUGAAAGGAUACGACUGGAAUUCUCUCCUUAUUGGGCAUGCAGAACAGCAGUGGAACAUGUUGAUGGGCACUCUUAAUAAUCUUAUCUCAAAGCAUGUACCGUUUGUUGAACGAAGGAAGCGAAAGUACCCAUGGAUUACAAAACAGGUUUUGCGGGCGGGUAAGGACAAGCGACGUUGCUGGAAGAAUUUGCAGAGCAACAAUUCUGUUGAAAAAGAGUUGAAGUACAUGCACGCAAAACUAGCAUCGGACCAAUCUGUUAAAUGGUCGAAGAAAGAUUUUGAAAGGAAGCUGGCGAAAGGAAUUAGAGAAGAUAGUAAGUCUUUCUGGAGAUACUUUUCCGCAAAGAAGAAAUGUCCAACAAAGGUUGGCCCAUUGAAAGAGGGUGAUCGUGUAAUUGAGAAGUCUGAAGACAUGGCGGAGCAUCUGAACAGUUACUUCCAACCUGUAUUCACUCAGGAGCCAAUAGGCCCUGUAUCCUAUGCUGUACCACGACCUGAUUUAAAGAUGCCAAAUAUGUCGAUCACUGUUGACAUGGUCCUUGCUCAGCUGCUCAAUUUGAGAGUUUAUAAGGCAGCAGGUCCGGACGGUAUCCCCCCAUUGUUUCUCAAGCUAGCUGCACCGGAGUUAGCUGAACCACUGACUAAGAUAUUUCGAGAAUCGCUGUCAUCCAGAGUUGUGCCGACUGGGUGGAAAGUUGCUAAUGUAUCAGCUUUGUUCAAGAAAGGCAAGAGAAGUGAAGCAGCAAACUACCGUCCCGUAAGUCUUACUUCAGUGAUUUGUAAAUGUUUUGAGCGCAUUGUUCAGCAGAGCGUUUUUGGACAUCUGAAGGAGCAUAACCUCAUUAGCGACACUCAGAAAUUUAUGAAAGGAUGA